GGGAGCGUCCGCAGGGCUGACUCGGUGGACGCGUGUGGCGGAUCCACGUUUGGGACGGAACCGCAGCGAGGAAACUGUGGUCGGCGGACGCUCGGCCGACGGCAUGAGCCAAGCGGCGGCGGCGGCCAACGUCAGCGGCGGCGGCGGCGGCGGCGAGUACCGGGACUCGCUCGCCAAGGCGGUGGUCAAGAACGCGGUGGUGCUCGUCGUCGGCCUCGCCAUCAACUACAUCAACGUCAGCCUCAUGUACACCUUCUGCAAGCACCAGAUCUUCUACUCCAGCCCCCGCUACAUCCUGUUCUUCCACCUGGUCCUGAACGACAUGAUCCAGAUGAGCGCCAGCGUCAUCCUCUUCGUCGUCAGUUACACCCUGUACAAGAUCAGCGUGUCCGCGUGCGCCGCCUUCAUCCUGAUGGCCGUCAUCACCUCGGAGAACACGCCCCUCAACCUGGCCUGCAUGGCGGCCGAGUGCUACGUGGCCGUCUGCCUGCCGCUCCGCCGCGCCCGCAUCUGCACGGUCGGGAAGACUCUGGUCCUCAUCGGCUCGAUCUGGACCGUCAGCGUCAUCUCCACCUUCCCGGACCUCUUGGUGACUUUGGCCACCGAGCCUCCGGGCUUCUUCUCCUCCGACGUCUUCUGCGUCCGCAACACCGCCUUCCCCAAUCCGACGCUGGCCCAGAAGCGGGACGUCACCUACAUCGUGUACCUGGUCCUGGUCUGGUCGGUCAUCUUCUUCCUGUACUUCAAGAUCCUCUUCACGGCCCAAUUGGCCAGCAAGGACGCCAAGAAGGCCCUGAAGACCAUCGUCCUGCACGGCGUUCAGGUUCUGCUGUGCAUGAGCAUGUACGCCGUCCCUCUGGUCAAGGAAGCUUUGGUCCGAUUGUUCCCCGAGAACUACUCCGACUCGCUGUUCGCCUGCUACGUGGUCGUGCAGAUCCUGCCCCGCGCCAUCAGCCCCAUCAUCUACGGCGUGAGGGACAAGUGCUUCAGGAAGUACCUCAAACACUACCUGAUCUGCAGGAAGAGGCCUCACUGACUCCGAAAGACAAACGACAAACACACUUCGACGACGACAAAGACCAAAAGUGACCACAAAAGUCUUCCGCUUCUCCCCAGCACUCGCGAAACGGAUCAGGAAAUAAUCAGGCAGCGUCAACCUACCGGGCCCGGGCUCCCAUUUCCGGCGGUGCCCGGAAUCCGUCAAACUAGAACCGGAGGUUAUCGAGACAAAGUCAAACUAUUUGUCGUAUUGGUGAUGUGACAAAACACGAAAGGUGAAAACGGAGGCUUCCCCUCACGCCGCUUUUCUUGCCGUUACCCGUUCGGCUGUGACUGAAAACUGUGAAAGUACGCUCAGAAUAAUCAAACGCGUCCAUCCGACUUGUACCGCUUUUCCCGGUCGGGCCACGGACGCCCAGACCACCCUCACCCCGGCCGCUUCCUCGGGGGUCUCCCGACCGAGAGAGAGAGAGACCAGACCCGGUCCCUCCAGCGUGUCCUGGGUCGUCCCCGGUCAGGUGGGAGGCGAGCCCGUCCGAAUCACGUGCCCAUCUGGCUAAUCAAAGACGAUACUGGAUAGAAAAAGCAUAUCUAUAUAUAUUCUUGUAUCGA